AAAUGCGUUUCAUUGGAAUUCAAUGGCUUGUUUUAGUGUUUUCACUUAAUUAUGUGGCAAAUGCAGGUCACAUUCUAGCAAUAUUUGCCUUUGAAGGCCCUAUACAGUAUGCUUUUGUGGAACCGCUACUAAAGCGUUUGGUUCAACGUGGUCAUCAUGUUACAUCUAUAACUAAUUUUCCUAUAGAGGAUACUGCUGGAAAUUUUCGCAAUAUUGUCAUUGCGGAAAAUGAAAUUCUUUACAAUGAACUUCUAAGGACCCUUACUGAACCCAUUAACAAGGAUCGUUUCGAUAUGAAAGGAAGUCUUUUCAGUAUUGGUUUUAAGAUGUGCGAAAACAUCCUUGGACAUGAACUGGUACAAGAUAUAAUGCAAAAUGACUCUUUUGACCUGUUAUUCCUUGAUUUGAUCUUCUCGGAAUCAUUAUUUGGCUUAGCCGAGCAUUUUCAAGCUCCCAUUGUUGGCUUCUCCACGUUGGGAACAACACAAAAAACCGAUGCAUUUGUGGGGAAUAUCACGCCAUUGUCUUAUGUCUCCUUUAACUAUUCGCAUUUGCAGAAUAUGCACUUCUGGACGAGAUGUUUAAAUGUUGCACUGUCGGCUUUGAAAUGGCUGCAUUACCAUUACAAAUAUUUAGUGGUUCAUAAGGAAAUCUACGUUCGCUAUUUUCCCAAUGUCACUCGCAGCUUAGAUGAUAUGAGGAAGAAUUUUGCUUUGGUUUUAAGAAAUGAUCAUUUUGUAAUAAGUACACCUAGACCUUAUGUUCCCAAUAUGAUUGAGGUGGCGGGAUUGCAUAUACCUGAUGAACCUGAAACACUUUCCGAAGAUGUCAAACAAAUUCUUGAUAGCUCCCAGCAGGGAGUGAUUUAUGUGGCCAUUGAUGAUAUAUUGCCUGAUCAUAUAAUGCAAAUGCUAUUGCAACAAUUUCAAGGCCUUCAACAAUUGGUUGUAUGGAAUUCAAAAACUAAGCCUUCAACGUUUUUGGGAAAACCCUCAAAUGUUCAAUUUCACACAAAUCUCUCACACCACGCCAUUCUUUCUCAUCCGCUGGUCAACUUGAUAAUCUGUCAUGGCGGCUAUCACCAUAUCAUUGACAGCAUUCAUUAUGGUGUACCAGUGCUAGGCAUACCCAAUGCUAGGGGCCAUCCUGAGGACUAUUUUGAUUUCAUUGGAAAAAUGAGCCAUGGCAUUUCCUUGAGACAGUCACAUUUCAAUGACCAAACACUACAAAAGGCUUUGUUGGAUCUUCUCUUCUCUGAUCAUUAUCGCCGCGAAGCAAAAUUUAAAUCCUUACAAUUUCGCGAUCAGCAGAAUACUCCUUUGGAGAGAGCCAUCUAUUGGAUUGAAUAUGUUCUGAGGCAUAAUGGUGCUGGACAUUUACGUAAUCUUGGACAAAAUCUGUCAUUGUUGGAAUUUUACAACUUGGAUGUUUUUUUGUACUUCUCUAUUUUGGCAUUUACUGUAAUGCUUAUUUCAUAUUUAAUUUUGAUUUUCUGUAAGAGAUUGGUAAAAAUGUUUAAGCAAGGCCUUGAUUUUAAGAACAAACUGAAAAAUAAUUGAAGAAAUAUGCUAUAAGGAACUAAGAUUAAGCAAAAAGUUGU